UGGUCUUAGAGUUGUUGUCAUCUUUGAAAGCUACAGUCAAGCCAGAAGUCAUGUCGUUCGUCUAUACCUUUGAGGGUUAUGAACUGAAUGAAACCAUCUACAACAUUAACACGACCUACAUUCCGGAUCUAGAGAACAUAGCAUGCGUGACAGGAGCUCUGUCUCCCACAGCAGCUGUGACCCUGUGUGUCGUCCUCAUUGCCAUCUUUUUACUGGCAAUACCUGGGAACCUGUUGGUGGGAUGGGUGAUCGGGACCAGCAGACAGACGCUGACUCCAUCGGAUGUGUACCUGUUUAACUUGACAAUAGCAGAUGGUCUGAUGGCCCUGACCCUACCGUUCUGGGCCGCUGCAACCAUCGAAGGAUGGGUCUUUGGAGACUUCCUUUGCAAGUUCCUCAGCCUCAUCAGAGAAGCAAACUUCUACACCAGCAUCCUCUUUCUGGCCUGCAUUAGCAUCGACCGUUAUCUUGUGAUAGUGCGCGCCAGUGAGAGCCUCCGGAGUCGUCAGAAGAUGUGCAGCCGGAUCCUCUGUGCAGCGGUUUGGGCCCUCGGUGGGGCCCUCGCUCUGCCUGCGCUUUUCAACCAAGUCUCCGAGCUACCUGACUCAGAGGGGAUGAUGUGCCAAGAAAACUUCCACCUCGGCGACGCGUCCUUAUGGAGGAAUUUCACUCGCCGGUUUCGCCACAUUUUUGGCUUCUUUCUCCCGCUGGGUGCCAUGAUAGCCUGCUACAGCGUCACCAUCGCCAGGCUGCUGCGCACUCGAGGUUUCCAGAAGCACAGGGCCAUGAAGGUGAUCAUAGCCGUGGUGAUUGCGUUUCUUCUGUGCUGGACGCCAUAUCACGUCGUCCUGAUAGUGGAAACACUCCUGAGGGCUGAAGUGAUACACUAUGACUGCGCUUUGAGGAAAUCAGUGGACAGGGCUUUGGCUAUAACUCAAAACCUGGCUCUGUCCCACAGCUGCAUCAACCCUGUCCUCUACGCCUUCGUGGGAGUGAAGUUCAGGGACAAAAUGACUCGACUUCUCCCGUGGAAAGCCAGACAGGAGCGGAUGUCGGGGUCAAAGUUCAGCAGGUCGACAUCUCAGACCUCAGAAAACAUCGGAGCUGUUCUUUGACAUCGAUCAGUGUUCACUCCCAUUUAAAAAAAAAUAUAUUUUUAUGAUUGUGUUUUUUCCCUUUUUUGUCUUUAAACAAGAAACGAAGUUAUUUCCAUCUGAAAUUUGGAUAAUCUUUGAUUAGAAGUAUAGCCUGUAGCAAGUAUUUUCAUGUAGUCUCUAAUUUUGAUUUAUGGUACACUGCUGCCAUCUACUGUUCUCUACAUCCACUGGUGAAGCCUCUGAUUUGAUGACAUUUAUUUUCAUUUUUUCCUCAUUAUUUCCAUUUUCCAUGCUCAGGAGGAGACCAGCGUUAUAAUUCUGUAAAUGCUUUUUUAAUGUUUUUUAAUCUUGGAGUGCAUGUAUUUUAAAUAGGUCUAUACAAUAGGUACCCCCGAUGCAAGCCUUCACUCUGACACUGUUAUCAUAAUCCAUCUGAUGUUUCUGUUUUUUUAUAGCUUAUACUGUAUAUGUUGAAAAUGUUUUAUAAACUG